GUUGCUGCGGUAACGACAACCAAACCAAAUCGUAAAGCAGGAAGUAUCGUCGCAAACGCUGGGCAGGAGCACGGGUCUCGGAGCUUCAGCGGAAACACAAAAACGUUUUUUUUUGCUUUAGAGAAGCAGCUUUAAGCCUGUCUGACAGUGUUUAUUACAGAGAGGGACACUGUGCAGCAGCGCGGCGGUAUAAACAGCGCUGAGCGGACGCAGAGAGCGAGUUUACACUUGUGCCAAGUGUCUCGUGUUUGUGCCUGUGCGAGGUCUCGUGCCUGACAUCGUGUGCUAGUUUAACUCCAGCACGCUCCUGCUGCUCCUCCUCCUCCUCCUACUGCUGCUGCUGUGUGCUGCUGUGUACUACAGAGCGCUGCACUUCACACAGUCAUUCAUUGGAAACACAUGUGGGCAUACAGAUCUUCCUUCCUCAACUGUGAUUUAACAGCCUGAAAACAGGCAAACUGGAGGUUAAAAGAGUAUUUUGUGCUAAAAUGGCAAAUAAACGUAAAUUAUGCAAAUUGGACCUGGAGAGAGACUCUGGUUUUUCAGAUGCCAGUUCUGGGUAUCUCAGUUCGGUGGACCAGACAGACUUCGAAGAUGUCAGAUCCAACACUUCCACAGUGCAGCCCAUACUCUCAGGUUCACAGCCCCCUCUAAGGCCAGGGUCUUACCCAGAUGUUCCUUCCAUGUUCAAGAUGAACAAUAUUGUUCUGAAGCAGUCAUGUUCAGUGAACCCAGCACUAAAAUCUUGGAGUUUCAACCCAUCGCUGGAAGUGGUUCCUCAAUCUCCUGUGGUUCUCCUCCAGCCGAUGGUACCCAGUAGCAACUGCACUCCCCUCACUCCUGCCAACCAGCUAAGACAAUCCAAAAACUACCUUCCCAUCCUGAAUUCAUUUCUGAAAAUUGCUCCCCACCCUAUCCAAGGGGCUGAAGGAGACCUUGGAACGAACUCCAACCAUAUGAGCAGUUCAGGUCAAAGGCAAGCUGCUAAGCGUUGCCAUAAUGAUCAUCAUGAAACGCAAACUCGCAGCCUUUCUUUAAAGCAGGACACCUCUGAAACUACCACUGUUGCAAGUCAUUCAGACGAUUCCUGUGUGUUCAGUCCUAAUUUUGAAAACAUGGCUUCUCCACCAACGCUUCCUGCCCUUGAGGAGGAUGAUGAUGGCACAACCACUCCAUUCUCUGUUUGCAGUGACAGCUAUCUUUCUCCUUUUUCUGAAGCGAGUCCCAUAGACACAUAUGCAUCCAGUGAUGAUGCAGAGAACGUCCCAGGGUCCCUCUCUCCAAGCUCCAGUAAACGCAAGCGCUUCUGCAACACAUACAACAUUCUGAACCGGUCAGGGUUACUUGGGAUCACAAUGCGCACACAGGAGCUUAUUCGUCAAAACAAGCGCUCCCAGGCCCAGCUCCAGAAGCUGCAGGCUCAAACAGACCUUUUCCUGGAGGCCAUAAGCAGCAGAGACCCUCAGGUCUGGGCAAAGCUGCAGCUCACCAUCCAGAACCCGGCUUCUGAGGAGUCAAAGGAGGACACUGUGGGAAGUAUAAAGUUAGAUACCAGAGCCAUUGACUGCAUGUAGUCUGCAGUUAGUCAAAUGUUGUCAUGUUUUCAGUUGUCUAGAACUGUCCGCAUUAUGUUUGGUUAUGCCUGUAAGUCUUCUGAGGCAGUCAUUAAUAGAGAUGUGCUGAUAUGGGAACUGUGGCCUAUGACGAUAUUCACUGAUUAAAAAAAAAAAAAAAAAACACUAAAGCCAGCUGGAUUAACACAUUUGCAUUGUGAUUUAUUUCUAUAGCGUGACAAAUGCAGUAUAAUGCAGAUUUUAGCACAGUACCAACAUUUACCUAUAAUUGUGUUGAGCUUUUCUGGUUGCAGUUUAAAAUAUCUAUCAAAUCAAAGCACUUACCUUCAAAUACAAAUAUUUUGAUAUUUUGUUCAUUCCUACUUAUGAAUACUGUGUUUAAAUGUAUUAUAUCAGAAGGAUUUGUCUUUUCUGCAAUAAGACGAACUAUAGUUUGCAAUUCCUUGACUUAUAGAAGUAUGUAAUUUUUUUUACAAAGCUUGUAAUUAAAUCAACUGUCAUUUGCAUACAUCUGUUUUACUGCUUUGCUCUUUACAUUUUGUAAUGAGUUAAGUUUCUCUUAAGAGUCAUUUUGGUCAUUGUGUAUUUGGAUUUGAUUUUUCGUUUUUGUAAAUUGAUUUUUACCCUUGCAUUUUUCUCAGUACAACUAUAACAAAUAAAUAUAAAAUUGCACUUUAUUUACAGUAUAAAAUGAAAUUUUAUUAUUACUUGUUACUUAUCUCGUGAAUCAUGAGAGUAAGGAAAUAUAAAACAUUUUUGGCAGUUUUAUUUUUUUAUGAUGUAAUAUUUUGGGUAAGUACACUGACAUGCCUUAAGUCCUGAAAAAUAUAGGUCAGCUGAUCAUAAAGGGUUAUCUCAGUGAGGCCUAAUAGCAGGUGGAAGAUGCAUAGGCAUUACCACCCACAGUGGACAGUGCAAUGGGUGGUAACGAGCAUAACUAAAAGCGUCUAGCUAGAAGAUCCACAGUCACUGCAGAAAACCCCAUUCACAUAUCCUGCAGGUCAGUGCAGCAUUCUGUAGCUUCUGUGAGACAUGAUUCUUGUUCCUGUUCCAUGACUUACGGCAUAUCAGGGUAUGUUAUCUACAUAGUGGUGAAGCAGUCAAACUGCCUCUGAAGAUACUUUAUGUAUGCCUUUAUAUAUAAGGGGUUUGUUUUUGCCUAAAUUUAGGCACCUUCAUUUUUUGCACUCUCAUAAAUGAUACGUAGUUUGAUCAAUGUGAAUUCAGUUUCUUGCUAAAGUUAAAUUUUGUAAUUACUCCAGAUAUGGAAAAUGUAUUUUUUGUUUGUUUGAUUGUUGGUUUGCUUUUGUUAUUUCUGCAUUUCAUUUAAGAGUAUGGCCCACAUAUAAUGCAUGAAUCAUUUAAAAUAAUAAUGUGAUAACAAUUAUGCUCUCUAAAUAUAUUUAAAGUAUAUUUAUACCAGAGAGUCAUAAGAGUGGCACUUCAGUCCUGUUACAUCUCCAGAGCUGUGUGUAAAUAGCUAUGUUUGGUGUAAAUGGUUGUGGGUAGUGGGUAACAUUACUGCCCUUCCUGUGGUUGACCAGGGUUCAAUUCCCUAGCUGGAAAUGCAUCACCACACUAUACCAGUUCAGCCCUCCUAACAAAACAAAAUAUCCCUGACUUCUUCAGUUCUCACUUUUUUUUUACAUUAAAAGCUAAAGUGUGCUUUAUUUAAUCUUGUAUGUCUUCAUUUAUGAAGGCACUUAAAAUAAAAUAACUUCUUACAUUAGUGAAGAAAAUAACCUGAGAAAUAGUUGAUAUAUUGUUUUGUGUGAGAAAGGGCUCAAUUGGAGUCCUUGGGCAAAACUCCUGACACUAUACAUGCCUGCCUGUGUAACAUAAUUCUAAUAAGAAGCCAAAUGUAAUACAAGAAGUUUGUCACUUUUUUUUUAAGAAUGCACUUGUAAAGAUACAGAAUCCUGUGUUGUAAAUAUGUAAAGAAACUGAACGUUGUCUAUGAGUGAAAAAUGGCAUUUUUUAUAAUAACAUUUUGCACCAUUUUAACAGUAUGUGAAAUUCAGGUUCAUAUUUCUUAAACAAAAAAUAUUGUACUUGUAUUUGUUUUGUUUUUAUGAUCAGCAAUCAGCAGAAGGAAACACAAUCGAAGGAUUUGCACAUACAAAAUUGUUGAUGUAAAUAUUCAAUACAUAACCAGCCUUUAUUAAAUGAGUAUUUCUUACA